AUGUCACCACUCACCAGUGCCCCGCAAUAUUGUGAAUUUUUUAUUUUGUGAUGUGUUUAUUUAGCAUUUUUUAUUGUUAUCAACCACAUUUAACAGAAUAUCGACUUUGUGUGUUAAAACCUCGUUUAUAACUCAUUCUGUUAUCAAACCCAUAAAAUAUAAUGUAGCGCGUAUAACGGAUGCGUCUUUUUCAACAUUCUUCUACCAUAAAUGUAUAACGUAACGCUAGUUUCGUGAUGUUUUUACUAAUUGGGCCCGGGUAACAUUAGAAGAUGCCUUUCAAAUUGAAAUUGAAGAAGACGCGACAGUACAAUGUUGCGUCAAAAAGUUUGUUCGUGAUAAGUGUCGAAUUACUCGAUGGUGGAAUAGCAGAUUGUACGUUGUCGGUGGACAGCACAGGCCAGGAAUGCCUCGACAACGUGUGCCAGAGGCAGGCGAUCAAUCAGCCAGAGUUCUUCGGGCUGCGUUACGUGAAUCGCAGUCAGCAGCCGCGAUGGGUGCAGUUGGACAGGCCGUUGAAACGUCAGCUAGAGAAAUAUUCGUCGGCUCACCAGCUUUACUUGCGUGUCAUGUACUAUGUGAUAUCCGGCACGAGUUUAAUAACGGAUGAGGUGACGAGGUAUCACUAUUUCUUGCAAUUGAAAAAUGAUCUGGUUGAAGGUCGGAUAAUUUGCGACUUCCAGCAAGCUGUGGUGUUGGCUUCGUACAGCCGGCAGGCGGAGUACGGGAACCAUGAUCGGGAAAGACAUACAGUGGAAUAUUUGAAGAAUCUGUUGACCUUUCCGAAGCAAAUGUUAGACGGGGGCCAGAUAGUUGAUAGCAGUAGUUUAGCAGAGAAUGGAAGGCUCGAAUGGCUGACUGCGGCUGUGAUACAGCAUCAUAUGUCUUUACACAACAUGUCACAGGCACAAGCAGAAGAAGGCUUCAUCACGACAUGCCAGCAGCUCCGAGGGUACGGGCAGGAGAUGUUCACGGCCAAGGACCAGCGCGACCAGAGCGAGGUUACCAUCGCGAUAUCCCUCACUGGUAUACGCGUGUUGACUGAUACUAGUGACACUCCACAUUUUUAUCGGUGGAUGGACAUAACGAACGUGAUAAACCACAAGCGCACGUUCAGCAUCGAGUGCCAGCAACAGGGCGAGUCGGCGGCGUUCGCGCUGCCGUCCCCCGAGGACGGGAAGUACGUGUGGCGCAUGUGCGUGCAUCAGCACACGUUCUACAUGCGCCAUCAGGCAGCCCUCAGCGCGCCGCGGGAUGAGCACCGACCCAAAUUUCAGGAGCACGGUCUAUCAGAGAGUCGCGAAGAACUAGACGUAAGGGAUACAGGCAGCGCCUCCCGGCUGGAGCCUCUCACAGCGGCGCACAGAGCGCACUCAACAUCGUGCUUAGAGCUGGCUGAAAAUAGACCGCAGCCUAGGAAUCGAGCGCUGUUACCAUCAUACCGUCCCGCGCCAGAUUACGAAACGGCCAUUCAGCAAAAAUACCAACAACAAAGAGCUGAAGCUCAACUGCGAUAUCAGAACCAUCACGCACAUUCCCAACUCCUGAACACGAAUGCCCAGCCUCUAGUCUAUGGUUCCCAUCCUGAUAUUCAUCGAAUCCACUACCCUGACGUAACAAGACAUACCGUACCAGUGAACCAAGGGGUGUCUGCCUCUGAUGAUUACGCGUAUGGUCUAAAGUACGUAGGAAACUACCCCAUAGCGGUGAACCCUAACGUGCAAACAGACCCGGCGUUACAUUACGUCAAUGUUUACAAACCUCCCCCUCCCUACCCGUCCAACGGCCUUGCAUCGAACUCGACCCCAGAUUUAGCCGUCGCUAGUCAAGCUCUGAACUACCACAGAGGUUAUAUUAACUCCCACGUGUCCGGUUCUAGUCCAGAUUUAGUUUCCACCCGUACUGCCCUAAAUAGACAGUAUCUAGGUUACGUGAAUCCUGGUCACGUCCUAAAUUACGGCCGACCCAACAUCCUUCCCGCUACCCACGGUACAUAUAACAAUCUUCCUUCAGUAUUAGACCCGAAACCUCACAUAAUAAUCGAUCCUCACCACAUUUCCAAUAACAUCCAAAAGGUUUACGAUGAAAGAGGGAAUAUUAUGUACUCGAUGCCCAUGAGAAGGAUAUCUUACCAGAGGCAUUUGGUGCUACCGCAAAUAAAGCACAACGAAACACAAGAGCCGAUAUAUGAAAACGUUCCUCUACCGUGGCAGAGCGAACAGAAGAUACGGGAGAGAGCACAAAGCUUAACAACGACAGAUGAAAUUGCGCGGCUCAACGAACGAAACAGCAGCCAUCCCACGAUAAACAAUUACGGAAACCCGAACGUGCCAAGCUAUCCUGUUAAAAUAGAUAACGACUGCCACUACGUGAACGCACAAAUCAUCAAAGGAGUCAGAGAGUCGAGCGUGCCGAAAGACUUGAACAUAUCGAAUCGAGCCAUAAACAAAGAAUUCGACCCCGCUCUAUCCAUCGACAAGCUCUCCAUCAAGGACGAAAAAGACUACGACGAAACGCCGUAUCAGAGCCUGUCGACGCAUAAAAUAUCGAACAAUAACACGAUAAGCAAAUCGGUGGAUAACGUUACAUCGAUAAGUAUACCUGAUAUAAGAGUUCAGGAUACGUCGCACACGACAACGGACAGUGCUUUGUCGAGUUCGAUAAUGAAUUCGACGUACAGCACUAGCGUUGAGUUGGAAGCGAGUAAAAGUAGCAAUAAAGAGAAGAAGAGACGCCGGUGGGGGGUGUUUAUGGGGAGGGGGAAUAAGGAAGUGAAAAGUGCAACUUUAGGCAGGGAUCGGGCUAAGGCAAGUCAGCCGACGAACAAGCAUCGCUGGUCGACCGGCCUGCCCAAGUUCCAACCGCUACCACCGAGUAUUACCAAAGAAACAUUGUGCCAAUUACUCGAACGCAAGAUGUCUGACGAGCAGCUAUCGUUCGCGUUCGAACAAAUCCCCAAAGGGAGGGAAGUAGAGGGCGAGUACCGUACGGCCCUCUUACCUCAAUACGCGUCAUACAACUGUGGGGACUCCCUCCCGUACGAGGACAAUAGAGUUCGCUUACAACCCACCCCGGAGAACCCGCAUGGGUAUAUAAAUGCGUCGCAUGUUACGAUGACAGUGGGCAAUUCGCAACGCUUCUAUGUGGUAGCGCAAUCUGGUGGAGUCCAACAAGCGGCGCUCCUCUGGGAGUGCGUGUGGCAAGUUGGUGCUCGGCUCAUGGCGCUAGUCGACCCUGAACCUCCGAAGUAUUUACCGCCUGACCAUCAUUCUAAGGAUUAUGGCGAGUUCCAAGUAUGGUGCGGUGCGUGGUCCCGUGCCCCGUGGGGCGGCUCCGUGCGCGUGCGGGUGCGGCGCGGUGGUCGAGCGCGGCACUUGUGGCACGUGCACUAUACGAGGUUUCAUGUGGCCGCGCCUAUGGACGAUGUUAGCGGGUUUCUUGAGUUUCUCUCCGAACUCAACGGGUUGCGUCUAGCCAGCGAAGCAGAAGCAACAGCUGACAAGCAAGCGGUGACGUCACGCAACCCGCCGCUCGUAGUGGCCUGCGCACGCGCAGCCGGCCGCAGCGGUACUGCGCUAGCUGCUCACCUGCUGCUGCACGUGUUGGAUACUAACCAGGAAUUGGACAUCCCGCGUACCAUAAGUAUGUUACAUCAGCAAAGAGCGAACCUCAUUGAAAACGUGCAUCAAUACAAAUUCCUUCACCAGGUGCUUUUACAGUAUUUAAAGCAAUCUAGGCUUAUUUAGACUGUUACAUGAGGGCAUGCUAUCUCGUUCUAACAUACCGUGUUAAAACGAGAUGGUACUAUACUAGCGUCUGUUUGUUGAAUUAAUAAUGAGAUAUUUAUUAAUUGUUAACUGAAAUAUGAGAAAGCAAUGGUAUUAACUAUUUGAGAUAAUUUAAAAAGGAAUUGUUUGUAAUAGUGUUGCCACAAAUCACAACUAACUGUGUCUUGUUUCAAUAUUACUUGGAAGUAUUGUGUGGUAUAUCUGGGCAUAUUUAUUUAUUUGAUUAUUAUCAUUAAAUGUUUCAAUAAUUAUUAUUUACAAUACAUAGGAAAUAAAUAUAUUUAUACUUAGUGGAACACAUUUCGAAUUUAUAGUAUAUUUGGAUGAUAAAUGAGAAUUUAAAAGAUAAAUAAUGGAAUGUAUUUGCUCAGAAUGUAGUCAAUAAUGAUUUAAAAUCGUUACGAUAUAAAUGUUUAUAUUAUGUUCAAUUAAUUAGGACUGACACGGCGCUGCCAUUUUCUUGUAUCUUGUAUAUUUUGUUUUUAAUCUGUAUUUAAUUAAUAAAAAAAAGAGUUUUAAUUACUCGCAAAUUUUUUCUUUUUCAUAUAUUUGAGAAUUGUACAGUUCAAUUAUCUGUACCUGUUUAUAAGCUGUAUAAUUUAAGGUGCCUUAACCGCUAAGCUAAGUUUAAACUCUAGUUUCCAAGCUUGUAGUGUUUAAGUGAAACCAUGUGCCUUAAAUCGGAGAUUAUACACGAUCUGAUGUCGUUCUUAUGUGCCUUUGUUAUUUUAUUAUACGUCUAAUGAUUUGCCCAAUAAACGUUAAUUCAUAAAAAAAAUUUUUUCAAAAACGUCAAAAUUAUGACACACCAAAAAAUCUUAUUUUUAUCUGUCAAGUGCUUUUUUUUGCGAAUUAGCGUUGUGUUGAUGCAAAUUUCACGUAAAUAAUGUAAGAUAGAUUUUUUAUACUUUUUCAAAAUAACACG